GUAACCCCACCCCUUCCCCGGAUCCCGGACACGGUGGCUGCCGGAACCAGAGGAGCCCCGUCUUGAGCGUCCAUCCCGGACCCUGCACUCUCCUCACCCAGCCAUGUCCUCCAAUGGCCGUACCCCGCUGUCCCCCCUCUUCUCUGCUCUUCCCGGUGCCCCCUUCUCCGUUCUCUCAGGACACCGCAGUCUGGCAGCCGCUGCACCCGCCGGAGGUGCCAAGCUCACCCACCCGGGCAAAGCUAUUCUAGCAGGAGGAAUUGCGGGUGGUAUAGAGAUCUGCAUCACAUUUCCCACAGAGUAUGUAAAGACACAGCUACAGCUAGAUGAGAAGGCAAACCCACCAAGAUACAGAGGAAUAGGGGAUUGUGUGAGGCAGACGGUUCAGGGUCAUGGUGUGAAGGGGCUAUACCGUGGGCUCAGCUCACUGCUGUAUGGCUCCAUUCCAAAGGCAGCAGUCAGAUUUGGGAUGUUUGAGUUCCUCAGUAAUCAUAUGCGGGAUGCUGAUGGGAAAUUGAACAGUACGCGCAGCUUGAUAUGUGGCCUAGGUGCUGGUGUGGCUGAAGCUGUUGCAGUGGUUUGUCCCAUGGAAACCAUCAAGGUGAAGUUUAUUCAUGACCAGUGCUCUCCAAAUCCAAAGUACAGAGGGUUUUUCCAUGGAGUCAGAGAAAUUAUUCGAGAUCAAGGCAUUAAAGGGACUUAUCAAGGUCUCACAGCUACAGUACUUAAGCAGGGAUCCAACCAAGCCAUUCGCUUCUAUGUCAUGACCUCUAUGCGGAACUGGUACAGAGGUGACAAUCCUAACAAAGCAAUGAAUCCACUAAUAACAGGAGCAUUUGGAGCCAUUGCAGGAGCUGCCAGUGUCUUUGGUAACACUCCCUUAGAUGUAGUGAAAACCAGGAUGCAGGGACUGGAAGCUCAUAGAUACAAAAGUACAUUGGACUGUGCCUAUCAGAUACUCAAGUACGAGGGACCCAAAGCGUUCUACAAGGGGACCAUUCCUCGUCUUGGACGUGUCUGUCUAGAUGUUGCUAUUGUCUUUAUAAUCUAUGAUGAAGUGGUGAAGGUUCUGAACAAGGUUUGGAAGACUGACUGAGGGUUGUCUAAAGUUCUGAUGGAAGAACCCAGUGACCCGCAAUUACAGAGUCCAUGGGUGUCGAAGACCUGAUAAUUACCCCAUUCCCUGGUACUAAAAUACUACAGUGCCUCUCAUUCCUAAAAAAAAAAGAUCCUCCAUCCAAUUUUCA